UCAGAAAGAUAUAUUUAUCUAAAAAGUUAAAAUCGAGGUGUAAAGAUGGGAGGAAUGAUAUCGCUAGCGGGUACUGCCGCCUGUUGCUUCGGUCAAGCUGCUUGUGCUAUCUGCAACUGCUGCCCAUCAAUGUGCAACAGCUCCAUAGCUUCUAGAAUCAUGUAUUCUCUACUGCUUCUGAUAACAACAGUGAUAUCUUGCAUCAUGAUUGCUCCUGGCGUGCAGGACAGCCUUGCUUCGGUCCCGUUCUGUAAAAGCCACGAAAGCUCCUUAGAUACGUUCUCAGAUAAGAUCCGAGAUUUUGAGGAGACUUUGGGAACUAAUAUUGCAGGGACAAAGAAGGAUUCCUUCCAGAUCAACUGUGACGUUGUAGUGGGUUACCAAGCGGUCUACAGGUUAUGUUUGAUUAUUACAAUAUUCUUCACUCUAAUGGCAGUCAUCAUGAUCAAUGUCAAGUCUACAAGUGAUCCUAGAUCUGGUAUCCAGAAUGGGUUCUGGGGGUUUAAAUAUCUUCUCAUUAUCGGCGGUAUGAUUGGAUCAUUCUGGAUUCCAAAUGGAACCUUCGGAGAGGUUUGGAUGUACUUUGGCAUGGUUGGAGGUUUCAUCUUCAUCCUCAUACAGCUGGUUCUUAUCAUAGACUUUGUACACUCAUGGAAUGAGGCCUGGUACGGAAACUACCAAGAGGAAGGAGAAUCCUGUAAUGAAGGGGGGAAAUGGCUUGCUGCACUUCUCACGUGUACAGGAAUUAUGUACAGCGCCUGUGUUGCCGCUGUGGUUCUGCUUCUUCUGUACUAUACUGGAGUCAAGACUGGUGAAUGUAAACUUCAUGAAUUCUUCAUCUCCUUCAAUCUUAUUGUUUGCGUCAUUCUCUCCGUAGUCUCAGUACUACCCAAGAUCCAGGAGCAUAUGCCUCAAUCUGGUCUUCUACAGUCAGCCUGCAUCUCUCUCUACAUCAUGUAUCUUACUUGGUCGGCCAUCAGUAACUCACCCAGGCUUGACUGUAAACCAAAGAUAGAUAUUCUACCCCAGAACUCAACCACAACAACAACCUUAAGCCCAUUGGACGCUGCUGCAGGAACUGAGGAUGCUGUCCACCCUAAGCUGGACACCCAGUCUAUCAUUGGUCUUGUUAUUUGGUUCCUUUGUGUACUCUACAGCUCUAUAGGUUCCUCGUCUGCUAGCUCAGCUAGUAAGCUGACCGGUACUGAUCAGGUUCUUCUUAAUAAGGACGACGGAACAGGUGAUGCCGAGGGAGGUGGUAUUCGAGAUAAUGAACAGGAGGAGGUUGCUUACAGCUGGAGUAUGUUCCAUUUAAUGUUUGCUCUUGCUUCCCUCUAUGUCAUGAUGACCCUCACCAACUGGUAUAGGUAAGAUCACUUUUACAGGGGUGUAUAUUUCUCG